GGUCCCGUUCCAAAAAAUGUCCCGCGGCUCUGCUCGUUGAGGGGCGCUACUCAGUUGUUUGUCUUUUCGCCAUGUUCACGAUCAGGACGGCUGCGCCGCGCGUGUUUGCGAGUGCCACACCCCGCAGAGCAUUCAGCACCUCGCGCCCUCUCUCCAACUUUGGCUCCGAGCUUUCCUUUGAUCUCCACGAGCCGCCAAAGUCGAGCGGUGACAAGGGGCUUCCCUCUGAAAAUGCUCCCUUGGUAAUUCUUCACGGACUGUUUGGCUCGAAGAGAAACAACAGGAGCAUCAGUAAGGUCCUUGCUCGCGACCUGAGCCGGCCCGUCUACGCUGUGGACCUGCGCAAUCAUGGCGACUCCCCUCACGACCCGGCGCAUAACUACACCGUCCUGGCGGAGGAUGUGGAGGACUUCUUGGAGUUCCACAGGCUGAGCGGCUCGGUACUUAUCGGGCACUCGAUGGGCGCGAAGACGGUCAUGACCGUCGCACUGCGCAGGCCGGAGCUCUGCAGCAGCAUCAUCCCCGUGGACAAUGCUCCCGUCGAUGCGGCGCUGAAGAGCGAUUUUGGCAAAUACGUACAGGGCAUGAAGAAGAUCGAGGCGGCCAAGCCGACGCGGUCGAGCGACGCCGACGCAAUCAUGCAGGAGUUUGCGAGCGAGCUGCCGGUGCGCCAGUUCCUGCUGUCGAACCUGAUCCGCGAGGACGGUCACAUGAAGUUCCGCAUCCCCGUCGGGUACCUGGCGAAGGCACUGGACGAGAUGGCCGACUUCCCCUUCAAGAACCCGGACGAGGUGCGCUUCGGAAAGCCCGCGUUAUUCGUCAGGGGCACCAAGAGCCACUACGUGCCGGACGAGACGAUGCCGAUCAUUGGGCGUUUUUUCCCGCUGUUCAAGAUGAAGGAUAUUGAGAGCGGCCACUGGGUGGUCUCUGAGAAUCCCGAGGCCUUCCGGCAAGCUGUGGUGGAGUUCCUCCAGGACCAUGACUGAAGGCUCGAGCGGACAAUAACCCGCAAGUGAGGCGGACUUAGGCGGGGCUAAGUGUCGGACGUGCUUCGGAGUUUGUCGGCGGAUCAGUGUCAAGGGUGCGGAACAGUGGGCGAGUGCGUGAUCGGAGGACUGAGGUCUGGCCCUGGAGCUUAGUAAAAGCACCAGCUCUCCAGCAUGGGUGUCAUUGGCGUUGUAAAUAUCAAAAUACUUGUAAAAGUAGAUAAGACGAGCAAUCGGACUGUACAUGUCGUCC